GAUCAUGGAACUGCGCUUCGGCGGAGAUCGUGUGGUCGAUGGAACUGCGUAAGAUUUGUCGAUGGCCGGGGUUUUAGCCUCCAGUUUACAAAUUCGUCGUGCAUUUGUCCACCGGCGACAGAAAUGUGCGCGAAAUGUUGAGUAGAAUUGUGUCGUUAAGAGGCAGAAGUGGGCAGCGCUGCUGCUGUUGUUGCUUCGGUUCUUCUCAGAAUUGAAAGUGGUUAGUCGCGGGGGACCGCUGGUUUCGAUUUAGUGGCAGCGAAGAAUUCCACUCGGAAAAUGGAGAGCGAGUUCCAGCGCCCUAUUUCUGGGAAGCCACUCGAUUCAUUUCUCGAAUCUCUCUCUCGAGCCUUGAAGGACAGUGGAGUGAUUUUGAAGUCGGAAGACAGCACAGAACGGUCCAGAGAUCAGCAUGGUAGGGGUUCUUUGAAGGCUCAUUUCUGCACUGGUAUCAAUAAUGUUACUCGGACGCUGGAAAGGAUACCAAAACAAGAAAAGAAGGGGAUUAGUUUAUCUCAGAAGCUUGCCACAUCCAUGGCGUCUUGUGAAGAAGCUCCUGCAGGGUCACCGAGAGGCAAACCAAUAAAGUUGCAGGCCAUUAUAGUAGCGAUGGAUGUGCAGCCCAAGAUUCUAGUUAGUCAUAUCGGAGAGCUUUGCAUGAGCAGGGGUAUUCCCAUGGUUUCCAUCAUUGGAGGUGAUGGAAUGGGAUCUCUGCGUCUCGGAAAAACUCUUGGAUUGAGGACUGCCACUGUUAUUGGAGUUAAGGCUGGGUCAUCCCCCAUCAACGCUGCACUCCAAGCUAUCUUGAAGAAAUGAGUGGAGGACCCAUUGCUUCCAACUAGUUUGCUAUAAGUUCGCCUGUGUCACUCUAGGCUCGAGGUAUGUUCAAUACAACUACUGCUAUUUCCAUGCACGUUCAACUGUUUUUACCAGGUCUAUAAUUGAGGUUGAGAAUCCGUCUGUCAGUCGAGGAUCCGUUCGAUGUCAGUGAGCUGGGGCUCAAUGUUCAUUAUCACAUGUUCGGUGUUUUUCUUCUGUUCACGUUCCGGCUGCUGGUUUAGAUCAUGUUUCGAGGUUCCGGAUAAGUGAGCUCAAGUCUUAAAAUGCUGGCUAUCGUCAUGAAAGGACAUCUUUAAAAGAGACUUAAGCAUAAAUGCUGACUUUUAAGAUCGGAACAAGGAAGGCUAUGUAGUCAUCGAGUUGAUUCUCUUAAGAUAUUGACCAUAAAGAAAUACCUUAAGUGCAAUCACGGUAGCGAAAAGCGGAAUGAAUGCCAUCCGAACCCUCAAAUUAUGCACAUUAGCAUUUUUUGUCACAUAUUGAAAAUUAUUGAUCCCAGGAGUAACGGAUCCAGAUGAAAUAUAGGGAGGAUCAACGUAAAGUAAGACUAAGCCGUGUAUAACAUAUACUCGGCAGUCUCUUUAUCAUAGUUCCUGAGCCAUGCCGCCAGAUGAUCAAAUUAAUAGUUGAAGGAGAUUGCGUAAGGAUGAAGUUUGGCUUCCUAUGCACAUACUGGUGCGUAUGGAGAAUUUCUGAAUGUUGACUGCAUUAUGUUUACAAAUUCGUGAAGUUCUGGCCGAUGACAAAACCACUUUUCUGGAUCUCUUCUUCCAUUUGGAAGGGUGCGAGAGAAUUUAUUUAUGGAGAUUUUCGUCGAGAUUUUUGAACAAACGACUCACGGAGUAGAAACUCAAGGUGAAGAUUUUUGCAGCAAUUCAUUGGAGCGUUGUCCGGUCGCUUGGAAAGGCAGAUUCGCAGUUUUACCAG